AUGCGCAGAAGGCCAAGGCGGUUCAGGCCACCGCAGGAGAACUUGGUGAAGAAACUGCUCGACUACGGAGCGGAGCUGAACAUGCUGGACGUGGGCCCGCAGGAUAACGGCGCCCUGCACCUGGCCGCGCGCUUCGGUGCUGCGCAGCUCCUCAGUCAGCUGCUGCGCCUCGGCGCCGACGCCACGGCGCUCAACGGCGACGGCUGCACCCCGGAGCCCUCCGAAAGCCUCGCGGAGCUGGUGGCGCGGCGGUCCGGGCAGGUCCUUUGCCAGCAGAUCCUGCAGGUGGUCCUGGCUGACCUCAUGGACGCUGAGGUGUUGUUCCCCAGCGCGCGAGAAAGGCGGAAGCAGAGGUGGAAGGAAAGCCAGAAGAGCAGGAAGCGCUCCGAUGUCCCAACCCAAGAAGAGGAGGGGCCUAUCGAGGAGAAUGAAGAGCCAAGAGCCCGACGGAUCGCUGGCGCCAAGUAUGGCCCCGAUGACCUCUGGGGCAUGCUUGACAGUGACGGCUCGGACGGCUCCAGCGAGUCGGAGAUCUCCCUGGGCGCGGGCUCCGACUUAGACGCGGAGGAGCGCAUCCGGAGCUCGGUGCAGAAGCUGCGGCUCCGGAGAAGCGCCAAAGCGGAGCAGCUGCAAAGCCUCCCGCAGCAGGUCGCGGAGGCCGUAGAGGAGAGGUGCGUCGUCUAG